GUGCGGUAUUGUUUAUUGGGUGAAAAACGGUGAAGUGCAUUAUUACUGGAUUUUUUCUAUGAAAAUACAAAUGUUAUUUCAAUACUUUUGGUUCUUCUACUUUCUUCAUACGACUUUUUCUAUAGAAGAACCGGUUAGAGAAAAAAAUUUAGAACCUAGACAUUUCAACCCACAUCCUUAUCAAAAUGGUGUUCGAAGGAGGACUAGAAUUGGUCCCGUAGUAUUUCCUUACGAUGACGAAAACGGUAGAGAUGUUAAUACAAAUUUUGUGCGUCCCACAGAAGAAGUUCAUCCUUAUCAAAAAGUUGCCAAAAAACAUAGAAAGAGAAAAUUUGGUAGAUAUGAAGCACAGGAUGAAAAGAUUAAUCCUCAGCUCGAGCAAGCCCUAGCAAAGCACGGAGCUAAAGUUCUUAAACUUGCUCCUGAAAAGUUGGCAAAGGAUCAUGUACCAUUUACUCGAGAUAUUCACAAACGACACAACUAUGCAUUUUCCUAUAAAGUGUUGGACCAUUCAUCUGGUGACGAUUUCUCUCAUUCUCAAGUUCAGGAUUCUUCUGCGACUAAUGGUGAAUAUAGAGUAAAGUUGCCAGACGGAAGGCUUCAAAUUGUAUCUUAUACUGCAGAUCAUAAUGGAUACAAAGCCGAUGUUAAAUAUACCAAAAGUAAGGAUCAUCAACAUGAACCUGAAAAGAUUUAUCGAGAUCCAUUGUAUCAAAUAGAGCAAAUACCAGUCAGACAACUGCAUCCAGUAAAAACAAACACGAACCAGCAGCACCAGCAGCAGCAAAUAGAUUACUACGAUGACGUACAUCCGGUCAAUCAGCCAAUAGUUAAACUAAAAACAGUGGUGCCAAAUGCCGAACGGCACGGUUACGACGGUUACGCCAGCUACGAUUCCGACUACGGAAGCAUCGUUGUCACUCCGAGCCCUGGAUAUUCAAAUGGCGCCGUUAGUGCCAAUGCAAAUUUCCAGCUCCCUUUGCCGCUAAACGUGCAAAUCUAUACAACAAACGCAAGAGAUUACAUGGUUGGAAAUUACAUUCCAUUUGCAUCAAGUACUCAGCGAAGUUACCAUUCCAAAGACGUCCAUCAUUAUCGACAUAAUUUAAUAUCGCCUCAAAUAAUCAACAACGGCGAUCACGGGCUCGUCCUUCCGCUAUCGACGCCAUCAUCUUUCGUGCUUACCGAUCAACAUGGACAAGUUAUUGAUAAUAUAAAUUUGGUGUCUUCAACUGCUGUACCCUUCGUUGUGUCUACCACUCCCGCACCAGGUGGUUACGGAUCGAUCCAUUCAACUGUGGCGCCGCAUAUUAGAUAUAAGUAGAAAUGGCAGUAAGAUUUCAUUUUAUCAUUAAGUGAAGUGUAUUUAUUUAUUUAUUUAAUGUACAAUUUUUAUUUAGCUUAAGAUAUUUCUCAUUCCAAUUGUAAAGGUUUUGAAAUGCUUUUCUCAGGAUUUACCGGAAUGUGUCCAGUAAAGAAGGAAAUUCGAGACGAUAAUUAAGUUGCAAUAAAGUUAACUCUGAAUCAGUAUUUUAAAAAUAAAGCUUCUUUUGUUUCACAAUAAUUCUGCAUCUAUAAAAAAUACAGGCACUGAUUUAGUCUAAUUAGUGUUUGGGCUAAUUUAGUUAGGUUGGGUAGACAUAUUUUUUUCCAAAGAUAAUAAUGGA